AUGAAGUUCACUCUGGCUGUCACUGCCCUCGUGGCCGUCGCGUCGGCCGCCGAAUACCCCUCCAAACCCAAGCAUGAGCACUGCAAGAACAAAGACAUCAUCCAGUGCACUCUCCAAUGCCUGAAGAAGGCCGCCAAGGACACCAAGUGCUCCGGCGACGUGCUCCAGUCUGUCUGCCACCGCCUCGAAGACCACAAGAGCCUGCACCUCAAGGGCUGCCUGACCAAGUGCGGCAUUCCCAACGCUCUCACCGAGAUUGCCCUCGUUGCGGUGAAGAAGGGCUUGUGCGACGGCUCCAAGCCCGAGCCCAAACCUAAGCCCAUUGGAAAGCCGCACAGGCAUGAGCCGCACAGGCCUGAGCCGAACAAGCCGGAGCCGGAGCCGGAGCCGCACAAGCACAAGCACAAGCCGGAGCCGAAGCCGGAGCCGAAGCCGCACAGGCACAGGCCGGAGCCGUACAAGCCGGAGCCCAAGCCGGAGCCCAAGCCCAAGCCGCACAAGCCCAAGCCGGAGCCCAAGCCGGAGUCUUACAGGUCUUAA